AAAGUCGUUCAAUAUUGCUUGCUCAUUUUGCAUAAGCCCUUUAAAAUUAUUAGGGAAAAUAUUGUUUUCUUGGAAAACAAUUGGUAUAAAAGGACAGUUUUUCUCCGAUACAAGCAGUUCAGAGGAGCCUUCUACAGAAGCAGCAGCACUAUAAUAUUCCUAACAUCUGAAAAUCUCUGAACUCUAAGAUGCACGUGGUGAUCCAACUGCUGGUGCUGGGGUGUGCGUGCGCGGCGCACUACACCGGCUUCGACUCCCGAGACCUCAUCAUCAGGGAGGAGCCGGCGGACGAGGACGGAACCCUGGUGGAAUGUCCGGUGUGUGAGAACGUCUUGAGCUUCUUACCCAGCCACGAGGAAUGCCCAAUCAUUCGCGGGAAUAAGAAGUAUAAAAAGUGUCUCAAAGGCACUUACAUCAACGAAGUUUGCGGGAACCGCUUGGACUGCUACAGGGGACCUCGCGAGCAGUGCACCGAAAAUAUGAACUUCGAUGCGUACGGACAGAAGUGCGCCCACGGCUACUACUGCGACAACACUUUCCACGUGUGCACCGGCUCAGACUUCGCCAUCGAGAGCAAAUACCACUGGCUCAUCCAUCCCGGCUACCGCUUCCCCCUCAACUCCAUCAAUCACGACCGACCUGAAAUGAAAUCUAUGAUUCUGGCUUAAUUUUUCUCAAUAAUUACGCCUUCACGCAUGGAUGAAUGUAAACAAAUAUAAAAAAAUAAAUAACAAUAGAGCGUGA